AUGUUGCAGUAGGAUCUGGAAGACGUAACAUUGAGGUUUUUGAGAAUACAUGGAGUCUGUUUUCCUAAAAGUAGGAUGUUUUUUGCAGUUUGACUUUAUCUAAAAAAAAAAAUAAAAAAAAGACACUGGUGUUCAAUUGGCUCCAGUAUUUGACAGGAAAAUACAAUUGUUCCUGAUGUCAAAUUCCAGCGACUCCUGCUAUAAAUGAGGGGUUGGGCACUUGUUUGGAGCAGUUUAACUCUGAAGAUUAUUUACUUUGCUCUCCGAAGAACACUUUAGGACAAGAUGAGCGCAUCAGUUGCCAUAUAUAGAGAUAUAUACACGGAGGAUCGCUUCAGACAGACGUAUGGUACGGAAGACCAGUCUAGAGGGAGAGAGCGGCUCCGAGACAGACUGGCGCAGAGAUGCAGCUGCUCUCAGGUGGACUGCCUUCACCUGCUCAAGAAGAGACUGCCCGUGUGCAGCUGGCUGCCAAAAUACAAGCUCAAGAAAUGGCUUUUAGGAGAUAUCGUAGCGGGACUGACUGUUGGAAUAGUACACAUUCCCCAAGGAAUGGCCUUUGCUUUGUUGACAUCAGUGGCUCCUGUCUAUGGCCUUUACACCUCCUUCUUCCCUGUAGUUCUCUAUAUGCUCUUCGGCACUGGUCACCAUGUUUCCACAGGUACCUUUGCUGUGUUGAGUUUGAUGACUGGUUCAGUGGUGGAGCAACUAGUUCCCAUCCCACUCACUCUGAACUCCAGUAGCCCAGAGGCCGCAGAGUUUGAGGCCCAGAGGAUUGGGGUGGCCUCAGCUGUAGCAUUUCUCUCAGGCAUAAUGAUGCUCUGUAUGUGUGGGCUCCAGUUGGGUUUCCUUUCCACAUACCUCUCAGAACCAAUUGUUAAGGCAUUUACAAGUGCAGCCGCCUUCCAUGUAACUGUCUCACAGCUGCAGAGCAUGUUGGGAUUACGGCUACCCCGAUAUGCUGGUGCCUUCUCUCUUUUUAAGACUCUGGCAUCAGUGAUGGAGAAUGUACCCCACACUAAUUUGGCAGAGCUGGUGAUCUCACUGCUUUGCCUGGCUGUUCUGGUGCCAGUUAAAGAGGUCAACUCACGCUUUCGGGAGCGUCUGCGCACUCCCAUCCCUGUGGAGAUCAUCACUGUAAUAAUUGCAACAGGAAUUACAUAUGCCUUUUCCCUGGAUUCCAAAUAUGACAUACAGAUAGUAGGACAUAUUCCAGCAGGCUUCCCCGAGCCACGGCUGCCUGCAUUAGAGACCAUUCCAGAAAUCGCCGGUGACACAGUUGCUAUCACCCUUGUUGCUUACGCUGUGUCUGUAUCACUAGCCAUGAUUUAUGCUGAUAAGCAUGGAUACUCCAUUGAUCCAAAUCAGGAGCUUCUAGCACAUGGGAUCUCCAACACAGUGUCAUCUCUCUUCACAUGCUUCCCCAAUUCAGCCACACUGGCCACCACAAACAUACUGGAGAGUGCCGGAGCUCACACACAGCUUGCAGGACUGUUCACAAGUCUGGUUGUUCUUAUUGUACUUCUGCUAAUAGGACCUCUGUUUUACUUUCUACCCAAGGCAGUGCUUGCAUGUAUAAAUGUGACCAGCCUGAGACAGAUGUUCCUGCUGUUUCAGGAUCUCCCAGACCUUUGGCGAAUUAGCAAAAUUGAUUUGAUGGUGUGGCUUGUGACCUGGCUGUCAGUAGUUGUGCUAAAUGUUGACCUGGGCCUGGCCAUUGGGGUGGUCUUCUCAAUGAUGACAGUUAUAUGUCGUACACAGAGGGCCAACUGCUCUGUGUUAGGAAGAGCUGCCAACACUGAGAUUUACAGAUCCAUCAACAACCAUAAUAAAUGUUAUGAAGUCCCUGGUGUGAAGAUCCUGACCUACAAUGGGCCCAUCUACUAUGGGAACCGUAGCUUUUUUAAGGCUGAUAUGGCUCAGCUUCUGGGCCUCACCCCUGAGAGGAUACGCAGCCGAGAGAAAGCCCUGAAGGCCAUUGAGAAGAGAGAGAGAGAGGCCAUUAGCUCUGUAGAACAAGGAGUUACAGACAGUUCAUUUUCUUCAAAGAAUGACUUAUUCAGAUCAGAGAUGGCUGAGGGUGAAAUCGAGGCUGUUUUAAUAGACUGCAGCAGUGUCAUUUUCGUGGAUGUUGCUGGAGCUCGGUUAUUCAUACAGAUGUGCAUGGAGUGCCAGAAGAUAGGGGUACGGAUAUACCUGGCUAACUGCAAUGAGAGUGUACUGAAGAUUCUCACAUCCAGCGGGCUGAUGAACUACAUGAAUCCUCAGCAUAUUUUUGUUACAAUUCAUGAUGCAGUGGUCUACAUACAACAGCAGCGGGAGAAACCUCCCGAGAACAACACAACGGUAUGGGUGUGAUCUAUCUGACACAAGGUAAUGCAAGACUGAGACUCAAAACAGGACCUAAAGAAGUUGUUGACUUCAGAUGUAUCAGAGAAAUGACUUAAA